AUGAAUACAACUUGUAUUUCCGAAGAACAAUUGAGUAUUUAUCAAAGUCCAUAUUAUAUUCUAAUGAUGCUUGCAAAUUGUUCAGUUUGUCUAAUAACAUAUUAUUGGUCAAUAAAAGCAAUUCGACAACUUGUUCGUGUUUCAAUUUUACCAUUGAGCACUCGAAUAUUUCUUCUAGUUAUUCUAUUUUUUGCGUGUCUUCAUCAAACAUCAUAUUUUGCUAUAAAAUUGAGAUCUUUCUAUAAAAUAUUUUCAAAUCUUACAAAUCCUUGUGGUUUAUAUGAACAUGUAUCAGACUGUUAUUACAUAAUAACUGGAAUGCUUGCUGGUAAUUUUGGAAUGUUUUUGAUGCAAACAACAAUGACUCUUGAUCGCGCAUUUGCAACAAUAUUUCCAAACUUUUGCAAUUAUUUCAAGUUAUCAGUUUCGAUUGUUUUAUCAACAAUUGUAACAGUUACCAGUUUCAUGUUUUAUAAUAUUUUAUCUUAUGAUGAUCCACUAACUUCAAUGGUUGCCACGUGUGGACAUAGUCCUGCUAAUAUUUCGAAUCGUUAUGAUAUGUUUAUUCGAUUCUGCCUACUUUUGUCAAUUGUUGAUAUUAUUAUUGAUACAAUUCUUAUACAACAUUGUUACAGGAAAAAUAAAACGUAAGUUUUUGUUGAGUGGAUAGGAGAAUCUUAAAUAGCAUAAAAUAAAAAAUAAUUGCCAAUAUAUUAUUGAAGGUCUAGACCACGAGAAAGAUAAUUAAAAAACGCUAUUUUAAGUUUCUCUACAAUUCGGAAACCUUACUAGACUUACAAUUUACUGUAUCAAUAUUUUUCCAGCCACCGUUUUAAUGUUGUCGAUCGAUAUCAAUCUCACGAAACUCUAAAAUGUGCCCAAUCAUUUUUUAUUCUUUCACUAACACAUUUUAUUUUCACACUCGUUUAUUGUAUCAUUUAUGUGAUUAUUCAUAUCGUUGCUACUUUGAUGCCACUUUUUGCGUUCACAAUUUUCUUACAAAUUGUUUAUGUGAGUGAAUUUUGAAAAAAAAGCCAAAAUUAAUUCCUAAUAUUUUUCAGCUAACUCCAUAUUUCUGUUUAUGUUCUCCUAUUCUGAUAGCAAAAUUGAUGAAAUAUAUAAAAUCGAAUCGAAUAAAAAAUAUUAAACAACUAACAAGUCAUAUUGAAAGUCAGGAGGAUCAUAUUAAACGAAUGCAAGAAAUGUGGAAAUAA